CGCCGCCACCUCCUCCUCUCCCCACCCCCACCCUCUCUCUCUCUCUCUCUCUCCCCAUCUCUCUCUCUCUGUCCCGUUCCCCCCCUUCCCCCGCCUCUCCCCGCCCUGCCGCCGCCGGCGCUGGCAGAGCAGGCACCGCAGGGGGAUCUCAAUGUAACACCAUGACAGGCAUCGCCGCCGCCUCCUUCUUCUCCAAUACCUGCCGCUUCGGGGGCUGCGGGCUGCACUUCCCAAGCCUGGCGGAGCUCAUCGAGCACAUUGAGGACAACCACAUCGAUACAGACCCACGCGUUUUAGAGAAACAAGAACUACAGCAACCAACUUACGUUGCCCUAAGCUAUAUUAACAGGUUUAUGACCGAUGCAGCUCGACGUGAGCAGGAAUCUCUGAAGAAGAAGAUUCAGCCUAAACUCUCUUUGACUUUGUCAAGCUCUGUGUCUCGUGGGAACGUGUCUACUCCACCUCGCCACAGCAGUGGAAGCCUUACUCCUCCAGUCACUCCUCCCAUCACACCCUCCUCCUCAUUUCGCAGUAGUACACCUACAGGUAGUGAAUAUGAUGAGGAAGAAGUAGACUAUGAAGAAUCAGACAGUGACGAAUCAUGGACUACAGAAAGCGCCAUCAGCUCUGAAGCUAUCCUUAGUUCAAUGUGUAUGAAUGGAGGGGAUGAGAAGCCUUUUGCCUGCCCUGUUCCUGGAUGUAAAAAAAGAUAUAAGGCAAAGUCCCUUAGUAAUACGAAUGAUGCUAAGAAGUGAAAAUGGGAUGUGGGCAGGAUUCUCUACAUCAGCUGCUUUUCAAACAUUUCUUUGAAGAACUGGAGAAUCUUUUAAAAUCUGACAGGCCGAAAGGAUCCCCCGUCUACAGUUCAUUUCUUUAAGAACUGUUGAAUAAGAUCUUUUAAAGGAACAAAAGGCUGAAAGAUGAAAGACAUGAAGGGAGAUCAGAAAUCUUCUGAAGGAUAUAAAUCUUGAUGAUAGCAAAACUAGUGUGCAUAAACAUGCGUGGUGCCUGAAAAUGUGCAUCUGAUUCCUCAGUUGUUCUGAACUGCCAGAAAAGCCAUAGCACAAGUUGAAUAAUAAGCUAUGCAAGGAUUAGACACUAGUGGAAGUACUAGCUACAAAACAGAAGUAAAAAACUAGUGUGUGUAUUUCCCAGUUAAAUGCACAAGUCUAGUUUGUGGAGAUUAGUCUGAACUAUAUAAUUUUUGGUUACAGGGAAAGCAAAUCAUCUAAGGAGGGAAACAUAUUUUGGCGUAUUCAAGUGUGAUCAAGCAGACAUGUUUGUAUUAUGCAAGAUUAAUCUGUUUUUGUUAAGGAAGGAUUGAGAUAAAGAGGAAGGGUGAGGAAUAAAAGCUCAAUGUUUAGCUCAGGAAGCAAACAAGCCAUAGUGAUUGUUAGGAGUCACUUUUCCCAGAAGGCGUCCAUGCAUUGAGGAAAACAUUUAUUUAAUGGAAAAAGCUAGGAGGAGAACCCUGUAAUUUGCUAUAUCCUGUCUGUUCUCUGUUUGACUGCCAGCCUCUCUGCCUUUUUAUUGCCCAAAUAAGCAAGCUGUUCCUGUCUGCUUCUGCUAUCUCGCUACCUUCAUCUCAAAUGCAUGAAGACUGUCUAAAGGAUGUCUUGCACACGAUUAAUGUUAGAACAGGCAGACAGGGAACAAAUUAAUGACCCAUAGAGAGGCUGACAAAUAGAGAAAGCAGCAAAUAAGAAGUACCGUAUUUUGUGAAAAAUAAUACUCACUUCUUGUGUUGUUCAGAUGCAUAAAGGCAUUUCUGUCUCACCUCAUCUCUCCCCUUAAUCACUUCUGUUUCUUCCUUUCUCCUCUUGGUCUAAUGUGUAUGUAUGUUUUAUCUUUGUUUCCUUCCCUGAGUUUUGCCUUCAUCUUCCUUCCUCUGUUUAACUCGCAUUCAGAAGAAUUAUUUGUUGAGCCUGCCGCGGUAUCCUGUAGUCAAAGGAGUAUGCACUGGGAUUUUUUGGAGGCUCUGGGUAAUCACACAGAGGGCUGUAAAACAGUAGUAGCUACAAACAAGAACACUGAAAUGCACAUACAGUACUUACCAGGGCCACAUAACAGCUGAAGGGGGUAGGGAAGACAGUGUACCUUUCUUUUGCCCAGCAUUUAUGUGAUCUUUGUUUUAUAAAAAUACAUUAUUUGCUGCAGUAUUAUUAUUGCAGUAGUUUUAUUUGUUAUGCUCAGGACCCAGUCAGGGAAAAGGCUCCCUUUGGCUUGGCAUUGUACAGGACUCUGGUGCAGUGUCUGCAAUAGGGUAAUUAAUGUUAUUAAGCAGUGAAAUAGAAGAGGUUCAAAAAUAGGCGUAACAAAUACUCAGAAGUUGGUAGAGAAGGUGAUGGAAGCUCUAGUAAGAAAACAUCUUUACACAGGCCAGAUAACUAUCAAGUCCUUCUGUUCAAUCACACUUAAAACAUCCCCAAGAUAUAUUUUUCUCCCCAAAAGUAAUGCCCAAUUUUCCCUGUUACCAAAGAUUAUAUAGUUCAGACUAGUUGUUAUCAGUUGGCAGUUUCCUAAACACACCCCAGUAGAAGUGAAUCAUAAACAUGUUGCUGCAAAACAUUUUGCAGUUUUUCUUUUUUUUUUUAAGAUGUAAAAUUGUCUACCAAUACACUGAAGUAUUAUUGAAGCCUCUAAUUUCUAUUCUCUGGCAUAACCUUUUUUUUUUUUUAGUACAAUAUCCAAAAGCCUUUCUAAAAUAGAAGCCUACAUUUAUUAACAGGAUUUUAAGCCUGUUGUUAGUGUAAUUUCUAAAAUGGCUAAGAUAUUUAAAAGAACACUGAUUGCUAGAUACUCUGGAUAUAAUUUUCUAUUUAAAAUCCAUCUCCAUUAUUAGUAUUAUUUUUAGUUAUAUGUACUAGGGGCCAGAGAACAUGCAGCAGAGAUUUUUGGUGGGCUAUAGAUGAAAUUUCUGUAUUUAUAUGCAUUUGAAAUUUUUCAUUAGAUUGUUAGCAGCCAUCUAAAUUCAGACACUGAUGUUCCAGUAACAUGGUGGCUACCUCUGGAUAAGGAAAUUGUAACAAUAUAAUUUAUACAGAGGAACCUAUAUGGAAAAUUGUUAAAAAGCAAAUUAAACAUUUCAACUAUAUUUUAUAUAGUAAUAGAUAAAUUCUGUUGUUCUAAAA